CAUACAGCUGUGGGCACACUGUGACGGCGCGCUUCUUGGACUGGUAGAUUCGGUUUGGGAAUUCCUCUUUUUCGACAUGGAUGUGGUCAAGCGCGGCUUUCUACGCGCCUGCAAGAACCAUAGCUUCCUGAGCUACGAGCUAAUAGACAAAAUCCUGACCCCAUUGUGCGCCAACCACAAGGUUCCAAAACCCUCAAGCAAGGAGGCCGUCAAGGCCUUCGUUAGCGAAAUAAACGACACCAUCAGCGAAUUGGGUGUAUCGCUUGUCUUCAUUAAAUAUCCGAUUAAGGCCGAGGAAUACCUGGUGUACGCCAAGACUGACGCCACACCCGAUAGUGUGGCCAACACCGGGCUUUCUGCCGAGGAAUGCCAGUACUUCUCCAAACUGCUGGACAAGAUCGCAUCCGAGGAGGACUGCCACAUUCCCUGGAAUGCAGCAUACAACGAGAACUUCCUGCAGUCGUCUGCGAAGCCCGUGAAAAAAAGUCGAAUGCAGGAACUACUUCAAAAGUGGACCCAAAUGGGCUAUUUUAUGGAGCUGGACGAGAGAAUCUACUUGGGCCCUCGCAGUCUCGUUGAACUAAGUUUCUAUUUGGGGUCCAAUCACGGUGACCACAUCAAGAACUGCAUGCUCUGCAAAUGUUUGGUGCUGUGGGAUAUCCGCUGUGGAUCCUGCCACAUUCAGUUCCACCGCGAGUGUAUCCACACAUACCUACAACGUCGCGAUAUUUGCCCAUCUUGCGGCAAUCUGUGGACAACGCCAUUAAGACGUUCCACUAGUUUAUCUGGUUAAAUACAAUUUUUCAUAACUAUAGUAUAGUUUUAGAGUUGAACCAUAUAUAAAUAAAGUGACGCCUGGCUUAGUUUACAAAUU